AUGGAGCCUCACGCGCUCCCGCCGUCCCCGCGCGAGCACCCGCCGCCGUUCCCGUACCCGAGCCCGCGAUCGAGCAAGGUCGGGCCGGUGUCUUACCGCGGCGGCGGCGGGAACGCGUCGAAAUCGUUGGACGCGAAGGCGCUGAGAGAUUUACCCGCGGUGGACUUCAACGAUCGCGGUCGCGUCCGCGGGUCCGUGGACGUCGCGUCCUCGGAUCCCGCGCCGUUCGCGUCCUCGAGCGCGUACUUUGACGUCCUCGACGCCGCGGUGCGAAAAAGCCGCGACGAGCGCGUGCCGCGGUACGCGCACGUCGUGAGCGAUUCGCGAGCGAGCACCCUGGACGAGCGCGACGAUUUGAAGUCGACCCGCGACGGCGGCGGCGCCGCCGCGGCGGGGCGGCGGCGCGUCCACGCGACGGCGACGCUCGCGGCGGCGGCGUCGUCGUCAGCGCCGCGCGAUCAAGACGGCGCGAUCGUCGGCGAGGACGGCGCCCCGCUGGAGAUGGACGCGAGGACCGCGGACGUCCUCGCGAUGCAACAGACGCAGCUCGUGGAGUUGAACGCGCAGCUGGUCGCGCUGCGUUCGCAGAUGUCGCACAUGAAGUCGGACGGCGGCGACAAGCUCGGCGGCGACAAGCUCGGCGGUGGCGCGUCAGGGAUCGAGAACCGCCCGAAGUCGAUGUUCAAACGCGUGGACGUCCGCGCGUCGAGGAACGGGUCGACGCGAUCGUCGUCGUCGUCGAUGCGCGGCGGCGACGCAGGCGUUCGAAUCGGCGACGACUCCGCGUCUCGGUACCCGUUUGGAGGCGCCCCGCCGCCGACUCGCGUCGACGUCGACGUCGACGUCGACGUCGACGUCGGCGGGCGCCGCGUCGCGGACGCGUGCACGAACACGAUGUGGGCGAAGCCGGCGCCGUUAGAGCCCGGGACGAAGGGAGGGGAGGACCACGCGGCGGGGACGAACGACGCCGACGACGCGAGCGCGUGGACGUACGAAGGGAAAGGCAGGAAGAGCCGAGGGUGCGCGACCGAUCCGUGGGUGGUCUCGGAGAGCGGCGACGCGGUCGCGGCAUCGCGCGCGAGCCCGCGGCGGCGCGGCGCGGGGAUUUUGCGACGGUCGCGCGUCGGCGGCGCGAGCGGCGGGGACAAGUCGGAGACGCGCGACGCGCCGCCGCCGCUGCCGCCGACGGAGAAGGCGAAGGCGCCCGCGGCGUCGGAGAACGAACCUUCUUCGUCCGACAAAGUGUCCGGCAACAUACCGUCCGGCGCCGGCGCCGGCGAGGGCGAGGGUGGCGGCGGCGGCGAGGGCCCCGCGCUCCCCGCGGGCGGCGUGCUCAUCCCGAGCAGCACGUCCGCGUUCGUCCGCGUCGGCGUCGACCCGGGCGUCGACGCGACCUCUUCCGACGCGCCGGCGCCGAACUCCGCGCGGUCGAGCCAAGAGGUCGGAGCGCAGCGCGCGUCGCGGAAGGACAUCGCGCGGUGGAGCGUCAACAGCGACGCGUCGAGCGUGUCGUCGCUCGCCGCGCUCGCCGCUGCGGAGGCCGCGGGUGCGCGGGAGGGACCCGGCCGCGACCGCGACGCCGGAGCCGCGGCGCCGGAGUCCCCCAAGCCCGCGUUCGCGCGGUUUCCGCUCUUCGCGGACGGCGACGCGAGCCCGGAGGAGCGCUCGCCGGCGUUCGAGAACGACGAAAAGGGCGAGGGCGGGGAGGACGAAGAGGACGCGGACGCGCGCGCGUCCCGAGAUUCGAUCCAAUCGUACAGCCUCCGAGGGAACUUGAAUCGCCGCGACGUGGACCCGGACGCGCCGCCCGCAGACAGCGACGACGACGACGCGGCGGACUACGACGACGACGACGACGACGACGACGCGGGAACGACCGUCACCGGGACGACGUCGAUGAUCGGCGACCGCGACUGGGCGCCGCCCGGACGCUGGAAAACGCAAAAGAUGGACGUCGGCGUGUGCUACGCCGACGACGCCGACGACGCCGACGAGGACGACGGCGCGAGCGACGCGUCGAGCGCGCGCUCCGUCCCGAAGAUAAAAGGGAAGGUGAUCGGGAAGAAGGCCGUGACCUGGGACGAGAAAGCGCCGCGGGUGAAGGUCGUGGAGAAGGAAUACGACGACGAUCUCAAGACGCACGCGCUCAAGAGCGACGGCUUGGCGACGAUCACGUACGUGCCGCUGUCCGACGACGAGUCCUCGGACGACGAAGAGAUGCGCGCGCUCUACAGGAAGUAUCUGGGGAACGGCAAGGCGCUGGAGGCGCUGGGCGCGGAGUCGUGA